GUAUUUCAGAGAAGAAUAAACGGUUUAUCUGCAAGGAUCGCCCUUUCCGACUGCUUUCAAUUGAUAUAUACUACUGUGAUAUUAUGUAUAUAUCAGACGUCAUGCGCAAUGUCUCCUUUGAUCUGAUAAAACUAGCGGGGGCGGAGCUGCCCCGUUUAGGCCUAGGGAGUGAUAACACCUCCGGACCUGAAUAACAUAUCCCGUCACUCUACCUUUCUCCAAUUUAUCGUUCCCGGUCCAUGGUGUGGGCCACGUACAAAUGGCUCUAACAUCAUGGAAAGCCUUCAACUUCUUCGAGGUCUCUUCCGUCAAGCUACCUGAAGAGAGCUCAUCCAUAUUCAGUUCUGAUAUCUCGUCGCUUUGUACCGGCUCAUCGAACAUAUUCGUCGGAUCCAUUGAUGGCUUUGUCCAUUUCAUCUCGUCUUCCUUUAAGCUUCUGCGAUCGUUCAAGGCAUCCGACGGCGGUCCCAUAACGCAUCUCAAACAGAUAGAAGGAACCUCACUUCUCGUGACAAUUGCGGAUGAUGCAUCGAGCGAACCGGCCCUCAAAGUUUGGGCUUUAGACAUAACCGACAAGAAGACGGGCGCCCCUCGGUGCUUGUCGACGACCCCGGUCCAGAAUGCUAGGAGACCUUUCCCCAUAUCUGCAUUUACGGCUGUACCCGACCUGUCGCAGGCCGCAGUCGGUUUCGCUAAUGGUUCCGUUGCGAUCGUUCGUGGCGAUUUGAUCCACGAUCGCGGCGCACGGCAGCGUAUUGUCUUCGAGUCCGAAGAGCCAAUUACCGGACUAGAGAUACACAAUGGCCCAACAACCAUACUAUAUAUCUCUACAACGAACCGGAUAUUGGCCUUGGUUAUUGCUGGUAGAGGACAAGGCCAACCGGCACGUGUUCUUGAAGACACGGGCUGCGCCCUCGGCUGUAUGUCUUUAGAUAAAGAUACGGGCGAUGUCCUCGUUGCCAGAGAAGAUGCUAUAUAUACCUAUGGACCACAUGGCCGUGGGCCCAGCUACGCUUUUGACAGCCCUAAGAGCUCAAUCAACAUAUUCAAGGAUUAUAUCGCACUGGUUUGCCCCCCAAAAGUCGCAUCAACGAAUGGGGCUACUUUGCGGAACUUUGAUGUCAGCCAGGCCAACGAUAUCUUCAGCACAACCACCUUUACCCUGCUGGAUACGGAUCUAAAGUUCAUUGCUCACUCAGAAGCCCUAGUGUCUCCAGUGAAGCAAGUUUUCAUUGAAUGGGGCGAUCUUUUUAUUCUCACUACUGACGGAAAGAUCUACCGUUAUCGUGAGAAGAGCCUGCAGCAAAAACUCGAAAUUCUCUACCAGCGCAGUCUUUACAUAUUGGCAAUUAACUUGGCGCAGAAAAAGGGGGUCGACACUCUGCAACAGAACGCUAUUUACCGCAAGUACGGCGACUUUUUAUACCAAAGAGGCGACUAUGACACGGCUAUGCAGCAAUAUCUUCGCGCUAUCGACAAUACGGAGCCGUCACAAGUCAUUCGCAAGUAUUUGGAUACGCAGCGCAUUCACAAUCUAAUCGAGUACCUCGAAGAGCUACAUGAUCAUGAUCGAGCUACAGUUGAUCACACGACAUUGCUGUUGAACUGCUACGCUAAGCUCAAAGAUACAGGCAAACUAGAUGAGUUUAUAAAAGCUCCAGGUGAGCUUAAGUUUGAUCUGGAAACGGCUAUUGCUAUGUGUCGUCAAGGCGGUUACUUUGAGCAAGCUGCCUAUCUGGCUACAAAAUACGGCGAAAACGACAUGGUUGUUGACAUAUUGAUUGAGGACUCGAAGAAGUACGCAGAGGCUGUGGAGUACAUCUGGCGGCUUGACCCUGAACUGGCUUACCACAACCUCAUGAAGUAUGCCCGUGUUCUUCUCUCCAAUUGUCCACAGAGAACAACCGAACUAUUCAUCGAUUACUACAAGGGAAAGUAUAAGCCCAUCACAGAAGUUCAAUCUCCACCCGAGCCCCAGGCUCAGUCGGCAAGCACACUUCAAAGUUUGGCAGCAUUUCUUCCUCUCUCCCUGAUGAACUCUGGCGCGGGCGCAAAGAUGGUAGCAGCCGAGCCUUUGCCCAAGGUGGAGGAUAAGACACCGGAUGAUCUUCUAGUAUACCAGAUUCCAAAGCCCCGGACUGCCUUUUCUGCUUUUGUAGGUCACCCACAAGAGUUUAUCAUAUUCCUAGAGGCUCUCAUCGAACAAGACAAUUUGAAACAAGAAGACAAGGUGGACCUCUAUACAACGCUAUUCGAGAUGUACUUGGAUACAGCAUCUCACAAGAAGGCCACAACUGAGAAAGAAGAAUGGGAGACCAGAGCCAAGAAGCUAAUUGAGGGCAAGGAUAUUCCGAUUUCCACAUCCAGUGUCUUGUUACUAUCCGAUCUAUCGGGCUUUCGGGAGGGAUCGACUCUUGUGCGGGAGCAAGAAGGCCUUCGUUCGGACAUUUUCCGCUCAUUUACAUCUGCAAAGGAUACCCAUGGGGCCAUUCAUGCUCUGAAGAAAUACGGCCCAGAAGAACCUCAACUAUACGUUGAUGCUCUAACAUACUUUGCAUCGAGUCCCAAGAUUCUUGAAGAGGCUGGUGAGGAGUUAGAUGUUGUUCUCAAACGAAUCAACGAUGACGGGCUCAUGUCGCCGCUUCAAGUCAUCCAGGCUCUUAGCAGCAACGCAGUGGUAACAAUGGGACGUGUGAAGAAGUACUUAAGUGACAACAUCGAGCGAGAACGGAAAGAGAUCUCAACUAAUCGUCGUUUGAUAUCAAGCUACAGCACAGAGACAGAGAAUAAGAAGAAGGAGCUAGAGCAAUUGGGCAGCAAGCCAGUUGUUUUCCAAGCUCGCCGGUGUGCCCUGAAGUCUUGUGGCGCUGUCCUGGAUCUCCCAACAGUUCACUUUCUCUGCAAGCAUUCUUUCCACCAGCGGUGUCUAAACAAGGUCGACGAGGAUGCUGAGUGCCCUGUUUGCGCCCCUCAGAACUCCACCAUCAGGGCCAUCCGCAAGAGACAAGUGGAGUCGGCAGAUCAGCAUGAGCUUUUCAAAGGGGAACUUCAACGGUCAAAGGAUGGAUUCGGGAUCAUCAGUGAGUUCUUCGGAAGGGGGGUAAUGCGGUCGCAGAGCACCAUGGAAUUAUGAUAUGUCUAUAAUGUCUGCAUCAUGAUACCUUCUGUAUUUAGAUUUUCUUCUUUCACAGACAUACCUAAUUCUAGUUCAUGAUGUUUGAUGCUAUAUGAUAAGCCUUAUCGU